GCUUGAACUUGAAGUCGAACUUGGAAAUCGCACAUGCAUGGGCGCUCUGCUUGCUGCUCGCAAAGUUGGACUUCUGCAAGUUCUGGACAGUAAAAGUUUGUGCGCACGCCAGGAUACAGGCUACAGCGUCAUUGCUUGCUGGGAGGCCUUCCAGAGGUCCCUCGACGCACCUCUUUGGCGCUUUUAAAGUUUGAACGUCCGGCACUGGGUUUGGGCGCACCAGACUAGGAGCUACACCUUGCUGAACCUGGUAAAGGCACACGGCUUGUGUACCCGUUUCGCAGCCCUGAUGCUUGUUGCUUAUGCAAUAAGGAGCUCUCAUUGAGACCAGGAUCACAGGGGGCCUGCAUGCCCUUAGUGGGGGAAACCCCGGGGUAUGUCGAGGUCUGGGCCGCAGAGCCUCCCAGGCACCUCAAGUCUUGCAGAGGACUUAGACAAGAAGCUUCUGGUGGUGCUCCGUGACGGGCGGAAAAUUGUCGGCAUUCUUCGCUCAUUUGACCAGUUUGCGAACGUGGUCCUGGAAGCUGCGAUUGAGCGGAUAAUUGUUGGAGAGGUCUACUGCGACAUCCCACUUGGUCUGUAUAUCAUCCGCGGAGAGAAUGUUGUACUAAUUGGCGAGAUCGAUCUUCAGAAGGAGGAGCUGCCGGCAAACUUUAAAAGGGUGGGCGUUGCAGAGAUUAGAGAAGCUCAGAAAGCAGAGCAGGAUGCAAGUGAGCUGAAGUCAUCCAUGAUGAAGAGGAUGAACGAGUUUUUAGAUUUUGACUAGCACGUCGUAGGAGGCUGUUGAUCAAACUCAAGGCGGUAGGAUGGCCCGCUUCCUUCAGCCGGCAACGAGCACGCGCAAGGGCUUGACAUGUCUGCCCUUGCCCGCAACUUCUUACGCGGAGGGCUCGAGCUGCUCCCUUUAUUGGGAUUUGAAAUGAUGUAGUGGUUCUUUGAAUUUUUGAGCACAUUCGAUUCGCCAUGUUUUGGUCAUUCUGCUGCCAUCAAAACAGUGUGUUGAG